AUGACUGUUCAUCUUGAGGUCUCGUUUCACAAAUUUCUGGACGGUUUGACAGCUGAUGUUGAGGUCGGGAGCAAUCCGAUUCAUGCUGACUCCUUCGUUGCGGGUGAUCCUCUUNUGAUGAUGUCACGAAUCCUCGCAAAGCUUAUUUCUAGAAACCGAUUUGUCCAAAUGCUGAACGCCUUCCAUUUCGCCGACAAUGACGCUUCUGACAAGUCUGACAGACUCUUCAAAAUCCAACCAAUUCUGGACAUGCUCAACGAGGAAUUUGUUGCUGUUUAUAGUCUGGGCAAGAAUGUAUGCAUUGAUGAGAGCAUGAUUCCAUUCCGAGGUUGA